CCAGCUACGACGCCGCCGAGCCCCACCGGCCUCCGCCCGCCUCGCCGGACUCGCCGUAGACCGCCACCGAAUCACGCCUGCCAAGCGCACGAACUCUUCUUCCUAGCAGCCGUCCUCCUACCAUCUACCGGAUCGGCGUGGCGUCAAGGUCCAGCCGCCGCGCCUCCUCUGGAUUCUUGUUUGAAGAUUAAUAAAUGUCAAACAGAGCAAGGUGGGUGAUGAAGUAUGAAAAGGGGCUUGUCGAUAUACUGCAUGAGAACAAUAAUUCGCACUACCGGACUCCACAUGGAUGGAAAACUGAGGGAUGGAGGAAAAUUGUCAGGGACUUCAAUCAUAGGCACCCAGAUGCAGGAUUUACUAAAGUUCAAAUUCAGGAACAUGAGACCCAACUGAAGAAAGACUAUAAACUGAUAAAAUCCAUCCUCCAGCGUGAUGGUGUUUCCUGGGACCAGAGUGCUUCUAUGAUUAGAACGACAGAUGAAAUCUGGGAUGAGAUAAUCGACGUGUCACCCAAGGCUCGGAAGUACCAAAGUAAGAGCUUUCCAUUGCUUCAAACGCUGGAGAUCUUGCUUGAAAGGGAUAUUCCUGAAGGGGUUGGGAAUAUUGAUGAGGAAGGCAACGACAUCACCCCACUGCUAAGCAUGCCAAGAAGACCUUCUGGAACAGUUCCUGGAAGCACUGAUGAGGAUGAGAACAAUAUCAGCACACUUCAAAGAACUCUGGAGCUAGGAUCACAAGGUCUGGAUGAUCUUGAUCUUUUGCAAAAUCAGACUGAAGAGGUACUCGAAAGACCACAGCCUGGGGCAGACCCAAAGCCACAAAGAGCUGAGGAACCUGCGCAAUCGAGCUCAUGCAUAGAGCCACAAAAGGACAAGCGCAAGAAGCGCAAGGCGGCUGACAUCCAACAGACCAUGGAGGCUUACCUAGACUUCAGAAUGAAACAGGCUCGCACAAAAGAACAAACCAAGAAGGAUGGAGAACAAUUCUCGAUUUCAAGGUGUAUCAAGGCUCUACAUGCUAUGACAGAGCUGUCUGAUCAGAUCAGGGUCCUAGCUGCUGAUGUUUUCAAGGAUGCAGUGAACCGGGAGAUCUUCCUCUCGUAUGAGCCGAGGCUUCGCGCACUAUGGCUUAAGAGGGAAGUCAACAGGUUACUCUGUUGAUCGGUUGUGGUAUCACAUUGCCAUGCCCGUUUGUCUGCAGAUGGAUGAAUCAUACCGUUAAGUUCUUUGUAUACUGUAGCAAACUAGCAACCUUGGGGUCUAGAAAUGUUUGAGACAUGUGAACUUUCGUACUGUGCAGUUCUUUGGGGACUAGCAACCUUGUGGUCUAAAAAUGUUUUGAGACGCCAUGUACUCAUUAGUCACUCAAUGCCAAAAACUUGAUUCUGUGAUUA